UAUAUUGUCUAAAACAAACAAACAAAUGAAAAUGUCAAGAACAUCUUAAAAGUUUCUAUACCCAAUCUACAUAUGUCGUUUUCUUUCUUCUCCACUAAUUAUUUUUCCCUGACCUAGCACAUCAACGUGAUCAUGCACUUAUUCCACAAUAGAAGCGCACAAGAAGACAAUGGUACAUAUCCCCACUUUACUUCACCACUUUAAAAUGGUUCAACCUCGUCAAUAAUAUCACCAAGUCCAAUUCCUCAACUUUGCUAAACUUACAAGAGCUUCUCUCCAAAAAUGGAUGGUAAGAAAACACAAGGACAAGGGUAUCUGAAAAAGAAGGCUAGUGUGUCUUACCUUGUGGAAGAAGAAUUGGAGAAUGAUACAGAUGGAGAGGAGGAAGAGAAGAGGAAAGGUGUGACCGAUAGGUUUAAAGGAUCUAGCGGCAGCAAUGAUCGUGGCUCAUCACGGCUUUGCCAAGUAGAUAGAUGCACAGCUGAUCUGAAAGAAGCUAAACAGUAUCACCGGAGGCACAAAGUGUGUGAAGUUCAUGCAAAGGCAUCUUCUGUCUAUCUCACAGGCGUUAAACAACGGUUCUGUCAACAAUGCAGCAGGUUCCAUGAGCUCCUAGAGUUUGAUGAAGCUAAAAGAAGUUGCCGGAAGCGCUUAGCUGGACACAACGAGAGGCGGAGGAAGAGCUCCGGUGAAAGUAUUGGAGAAGGGUCAGGUGGUCGAAGAGGAAUAACAGCUCAGAUGAUCCAGAAUCAAGAAAGAUCAAGGGUAGAGAUGACACUUCCUAUGUCAAACACAUCAUUCAAGCGACCACAGAUUAGAUAGAGAAGCUGUCUGCUCUCUCUCUUCUGUCAUUAUAAAAUUCUCUUAGAAUCUGAAAUUGUGGUAUCCAUCAAUGUCAAAAAAGAAACAGCUGAGUCAUGGUAUUGACUCCUCCUGGUAUAGAUAAAUAACUAAUAAAUACCACUCUUCUAUCUAUGUAUCGUUGUGGUGUUACCUAUCUCCAAAUGCUAAGACUUUAGCUUAACCUUGAGUCGAAAUAAGUCUACUGUGUCAUGUAUGUUUUCGAAGAUGUAUGAUGUGUUAUGCUAAUUUUGGUAAAAGGUUUUCAAUA